AUGAGCAGAGCCUCAGGUCCCAAAGCAUGCAAAACCUGCGCCGUCGCUAAGCGCAAGUGCGGAAGGCAGAAACCGCAAUGCCUCCGCUGCAGACGCCUCAAUGUCCCCUGCAUAUACCCUCCGUCGAAACCAAGUUCGUACGUCCUCAUCCCCGAUGACGAGGAUGCUAUCACCAUUGGGAGCGACAGCAGCGCGACGGCGGCGGCAUCGCGAGAAUCACGGUCUUCCACGGUAGUGUCGACCUUGCCUCAGCCGCACAGAUUCGACCCCGCCAACUUUUACCUGGCCUUGGACCUGCAGGACUCCCCCAUCCACGAUGGCCAGGAUCUUCGCGCUUCGGCACCGCCCUCGUGGUUCCAGAAUAUCCCAGGCGACCUCGGCGUGCUUCUCCCCAUCCAGAAAGCGGACCUGGAUACAUCCGCAUUUGAUAACAUGAAGCAUCAUAUGGCAAUAGCCAAGGAGUGGCUCGCCCGCUGGGUGGACAAAGGGAGCAACCCAUUCAUCCAUCCGCAGCUGUAUAAACGACGGCUGCCGGUGUGCAUACAGGACGCGUACACCUCCGUGGCGUCUUACCUGCGUAAGAAUCAGGCGAACGAGCAGAUGAUAUACCGGAUAAUUGAGGACAGGGUAAGGAAUCUGGUCGAGGGCCAUCCAAAGGACCCCCCUGCGCUCGACUCGAUUGAUUCCCUCGGUCGCGUCCAGGCUUUGCUGAUCUACCAGAUUAUUGGGCUGUUUGAUGGCGAUCUCCGUCUGCGGCAUGUAGCCGAGGGCUACAUCCAGACGCUGUAUGAAUGGGCUGCCAACCUGGAGCCUCUUGCUCGGUAUCCGUUGUGGCUGGGUGAUUUGAAUGGCACGUCGGGUACACAUGUGUCGACAACCGGCGUGUACGAGGCGUCGGAUGUGGGCUCGUCGACCGACGGCUCUUGGAUGUCGUGGAUCAUCGCCGAGAGUAUGAAUCGGACGUGGACGCUUGUAGCUGGCAUUCAGGGAGUGUACAAAAUGAUCCAGCAGUCUCGGAGCCACCGCUGUUCUGUGGUGGGAAUGAUGAUGACCGCCCGCAAAGGGUUGUGGGAUGCGCCGUCGGCCCCUGCUUGGGACAAGAUCUGUGCGGAGAGGUAUAUUGGGUUCAUAUUUCUAUCAGAGGUUGAGACGUUGUUCACCAAGUUCACGUAUGAUGAGGUGGAUGAAUUCACUAUCAUGACUCUGGGUACUAUGUUCGGGCUCGAGAGAAUCGAAAGGUGGAGGCUCAGGCCGGCUGUCUAUUAA